AUGCACUUCACUCCCAUCCUCCUAGGCCUAGUCGCCUCCGCCUCCGCAAUCGACAUCGGCUUCCACGUCGGAUGGGACUGCUCCGGCGCCGCCUCCGUCUGCACCGCCAUCAACCCCAACAUCUGCUGCGUCGCCAGCCUCGCCUCGAGCGCGCGCGUCAGCUGGGUCCCGGUCGAAUGGAACAUUAACGCCCAGGGCUUCGGCGGCGGUGGCUGCUCGUGGAACAAGGACGACUAUACAGGGGUAUAUUACUGGUUUGUCGGCCGCAAGCGUGGGGAGCUAGAGGAGGAUAGGAACUGCACGGGGUCGGUCAAGCCUGACACGCUGGUGCUUGCAGAUGGGACUACGAAAUAUAAUAUUGUUGGCUUGGACGAUGCCAAAGUUGAGGAAUUAAGCCACUCACUGGCGUACUCGGCGCUGUUCAAGCUCAGCGAAGACGUGAAGGGCAACGUCGCCGCGUGCUACUUCUGCGUCCACCUCUCCACCGUGGGCACGUACCCCAUCGCCCCCGGCGCCAACGCCUGGACGCUUAACAACCUCGCCGGCCCUGCCAGGAGGGCGUUGGGCGUCGCCUUCUCGAUCGCGAUGGGUAAUGUUUGGCGUUUAGUUAAUAGGUUUAACUAA